CUCGGUGCUCCUCCCUUCCCGCCCCGUCCCCUGCAGAUGGGAUUUACACCCUGCGCACCGAGAACGGCGAGACCUACCAGACCUUCUGCGACAUGACCACCAAGGGGGGCGGCUGGACCCUGGUGGCCAGCGUGCACGAGAACAACGCCUACGGGAAGUGCACCAAUGGCGAUCGCUGGUCCAGCCAGCAGGGGAGCGACGUCAACUACCCAGAGGGAGACGGCAACUGGGCCAAUUACAACACCUUCGGCUCUGCAGUGGGCUCCACCAGCGAUGACUACAAGAACCCUGGUUAUUACGAUCUUCAAGCCCAGGACCUGUCCGUGUGGCACGUAACCAACAAGACGCCCCUGAAGGAAUGGAAGAACAGGUCCAUCCUGAGGUACCACACCGAGACCGGCUUCCUGUCCUCAGAGGGGGGGAACCUCCUCAGACUCUACCAGGUGAUGGCACUGGGCUGGGGGCUUUGGAGGGGCGUGUGGCUCUGCUGGGGGGCCAGGGGCUUAUAAUGGGACACAGAGCUC